UCCGGAAGCUCGAAGCCAACAUGUCGGCUCCCUUAAUAGCGCUGCAGAGAUGCAUACGACAGUCAUCUCUCUUCCUUGUUGCAUGGCGAUGGUACGGAUCUACUCCUGCCACUACACUUCCUCUUCACAAGAAAAUCCUCACGUUCCUGUCAAAGCAUUUUCGUGAUGUGGAGAUGUUCACUGCCUGGAACUCUGAAAGACGCUUGAAAUGGCUUCGAGACAGAAAUGAGUCCUUCUUCAACCAGCAGCAUCUUUUUGGGCAGCGACUAGCAUCAUGCUUUUUGGUCUUAAGUCUAAAAGGAGGAUUUCGGUUUGUUGGCCAGACUGAAUGGAUCUGUUCAACCGACAAGGACAUCUUAAACAAGGACUUUGAGAAUCACAAAGACACACCGUUGGAGGAAGUUGACCUGAGCUACACCGUCAUCAACUAUAACGGACUAUUAAAUAUUGGACUGGAUCAGCCGUGUCUGCGAACACUGUCCCUCCGAGGAUGUCCGGAAGUAGACGACUGGUUCCUUGCGGGGCUUCACGUGUUCCAGGACUCUCUGAAAGAGCUGGACAUCUCUCACUGUCCUAAAAUCACCACAGGUGGCCUGGCUGCCCUCCGCAAUCUAAAGGGGCUGACGCGUCUGAACAUGUCAUCUCUUCCUGGGAUAUCAAAUCCUGGCUUGGUGAUCAUCCUGAUGGAAGAAAUGCUACCACACUGCCAGAUAACGGCAACAGGCUACAAACACCUGAAACCAGAGGCAGAGGUGCAAUAGCAUGAGGAGGAGGAGGAGGAGGAGGGUGAGGGAUGGAUAUCAGACGGGCCCCGGGACCCAGAGCAGAGGACACUGUCUCCGACGGGAGCGCUUGGUCAGUGGCCCUGGUGAAAGCUGUCAACUUUAGUCUGCUAUACUAGAAGGGAUUCUGGAGCCUUUGUUUUCCUACAUUGCUCGAUAAUGAACUGUGUACAUACACUAAUAAAGAUUUAUGUGUAGA